GCUCCCUGAAGAAACUAACCGCCCUGAAAGUGGAUGAGAACCAGCUCAUGUAUCUGCCAGACUCCGUCGGAGGGUGAGUACUAUUAAAGCCAUAGGUCUAAAACAACUAAAUCCACCCUGAUAGGUUUGCAUUGAUCCUCAUUCAAACAUAUCACAGUACGCUGCAGUACAGUUCACCAAUGUAGGGCUAGGUUUGAUUAAUUGACCUAAGUCCCCUGUCCCAUCGCCCUGUUUCUACACACGUGCCAGAUAUGAGACGAUUGAUGUUCGUGAUUGAGGCGUUAGUCCCGAUUUUAUAUAGGUGAGUGAUCUAAGCCUGGCUCCUCCAUUGUGGAUGGGGACAAUGGUAAUCCUGACCUGAGGAACCUCCGAAUACCGUAUUGACAGAUUAAAGCCCCUGUUUAAUUCUGCUUAGCCAACACUCAUCGAUUUAUGACAGGUGAGGAGGCCAGCUGUUGGUGGUUGACGACUGCUGCUGCCAGGUGUGUAAUCAUUAGCCAAACAGUUUUGCAACUAAAACAAGUUUUUAUUGGACAAAAUCGGGUAGGUCACUCCCCAUUCCGUUUGCUUCUGUUUAAGAAACGUUUUGCAACAGAAUUGGCGUAAUGAAUACGCCCCUGGUAUCACAAUCAAUACAGGCGGGGGUUAACACUUAACCUCUGACCUCUCACUAUAGACGUUAUCAUUCAUAUGGAGAGACAAAUUGAUUUUAAUCCACCAACAUAUUCUGUGUGGUAGCCAACUAGUAUUUCAAGAUUAACUGUUUUAAAAUGGCAACUUGGUUUAUGGUUUAUCUAUGUUUUAGAGUUCUAAUUUUUUUAUUUUUUUAUUCUGGUCCAUUUGAGUUAUUUUUGUUUCCCAACAUUGCCAAUUACCCGUAUUUUAUCUUAUAUUUCCUAGUCCCAGAUUAGGAAAAGCUUCUGGGCGGGAUUAUGAAUGUGAUUGCAAGGAGAACCGUGGUUUAAUCCCAGACCAGGAUUGUAAAGCAUACUAAUUCAAUGUAUUUAAUCUUACAUUUCAUUACAUUUGCUUUACAUUUUGAUCUGUAUCAUCGUCGGUUUCCUACGCUCUUGUUUGUCCCUAGUCUUGACUUCUGAGAAGCGGAAUCAGAUUCCUCUCUUUACUCAGUUGCUAUAGAGCCGAGAUCGGUAACAGUCUACCCGCGGUACACCUUCUCCUUGAACAUCUCAUUCCAAAAUUAUGAACAUUAAUAUGGAGUUGGUCCCCCCUUUGCUGCUAUACCAGCCUCCACUCUUCUGGGAAGGCUUUCCACUAGAUGUUUGAACAUUGCUGCGGGGACUUGCUUCCAUUCAGCCCCAAGAGCAUUAGUGAGGUCGGGCGCUGAUGUUGGGCGAUUAGGCCUGGCUCGCAGUCGGCAUUCCAAUUCAUCCCAAAAGGUGUUCAAUGGGGUUGAGGUCAGGGCUCUGUGCAGGCCAUUCAAGUUCUUCCACACCGAUCUUGACAAACCAUUUCUGUAUGGACCUGGCUUUGUGCACGGGGGCAUUGUCAUGCUGAAACAGGAAAGGGCCUUCCCCAAACUGUUGCCACAAAAUUGGAAGCACAGAAUUGUCUAGAGUGUCAUUAUAUGCUGUAGCGUUAAGAUUUCCCUUCACUGGAACUAAGGAGCCUGAACCAUGAAAAACAGUCCCAGACCAUUAUUACUCCUCCACCAAACUUUACAGUUGGCACUAUGUAUUCGGGCAGGUAGCGUUCUCCUGGCAUCCGCCAAACCCAGAUUCGUCCGUCAGACUGCCAGAUGGAGAAGCGUGAUUCAUCACUCCAGAGAACGCGUUUACACUGCUCCAUAGUCCAAUGGCGACGAGCUUUACGUCACUCCAGCCGACGCUUGGCAUUGCGCAUGGUGAUCUUAGGCUUGUGUGUGGCUGCUCGGCCAUGGAAACCUAUUUCAUGAAGCUCCCAACAAACUUUUCUUGUGCUGACGUUGCUUCCAGAGACAACUCGGUAGUGAGUGUUACAAUGAGGACAGUUGCUUCUAAACGUUUCCACUUCACAAUAACAGCACUUACAGUUGACCGGGGCAGCUCUAGAAGGGCAGAAAUUUGACAAACUGAUUUAUUGGAAAGCAAAAAGUCCUAUGACGGUGCCACGUUGAAAGUCACUGAGCUCUUCAGUAAGGCCAUUCUACUGCCAAUGUUUGUCUAUGGAGAUUGCAUGGCUGUGUGCUCAAUUUUAUACACCUGUCAGCAACAGGUGUGGCUGAAAUAGCAGAAUCCACUAAUUUGAAGUGGUGUCCACAUACUUUUGUGUGUAUAUAUAGUGUAUCUUUUUAUCUGUUUUGUGCAAGAAACAAUCUGUUUUCGCUGUAGUAAUGGUGCAACCAUGACGGUAACAAAUCUGCGCUCACUUUUAUCUUUAGGGCACGUAAAAACAACGGUACGAAGCCUAAUCAUUACAACAAUUAUUAUCUGGGUGAUUAUCUUUCUAGGAGCACGUUGCUCCCAAAAUAAAAUGUAAGUUCGCACAGAAAAAUAUUUAGUAGCAUAUGCGACCAAAAUGGUCGCACUUUAGAGCCCUGUCUGCAGUUGAUAAAACCUAUUCUAACUGACCUUGGCCAGCCAUUUCAAUUAAUAUUAGAUUUUUUAAAACGUGAAUAUAGGCCUGAGCCCGAAUUCACAAAGCGUCUCAGAGUAGGCGUGCCGAUCUAGGAUCAGAUCCCCCUGUCCAUAUAGUCAUAUUCAUUAUGAUCUAAAAGGCUAAACUGAUCCUAGAUCAGCACUCCUUCUCUGAGAUACCAAUAUGGCCCUGAUCUUGUUUGUUGUUGCUCCAUCUAAGAGGAUAUCAUGUAUCAUUGUGCCUGUCCUUAUUUUAACACCAGAGCUCCCAUUGGAUUCCAGGAGGGAAAACUCUGGCUCAACUCUAUCUUAAAUUCAGGUCAUUUAUGCACAGUAUGUAUUUUUUAAUGAAUGCUGGAAUAACAACCCCAGAUAUAUUCAGAGAAUGCUAGCUUGCUUUUUCCUGAGCCAAACUCCAAACAGAAUAAUGAGAACCAGAUUUGGAAGAGUCUUGGAUAUAGAGUAACCUCUAUUCUCCAGCAAGUCUUCAAGUCACAGAAUAAUCUUUCACUCUUUUUUUCUCUCCUUUUUUUUUCUUCAUAGAGGGUCAUAUGUAUAGUGCAGUCCUAGAUAGUUAUGGCACCUGACAGUUAGUCAGAAGAUUCCAAGGAAUGUUGGCUAGUUCGAGCAGGAAAAAUACCUUUUUAGGACUUCCCUCUUUCCCCACUGUGGUAUAAAACUCUCUCGCCCUUGCGAAAAAAUGCCUCUGGAAUCAAUGACACAUAAACUCUGUUUAGUUGGCCUAAAUGAAAAGCCCUCCUCCUUUCCCCCUGUUUCUUCCUCCUCUUCUUUCUCUGUAGGCUGGCAGCCCUGGAUGAGCUGGACUGUAGUUUUAACGAGAUCGAGGCUCUGCCCUCCUCCAUCGGACAGUGUGUCAGCAUACGCACCUUCGCCGCUGACCACAACUUCCUCACACAGCUGCCCCCAGAGGUGAGCAUGGGGGUCAAACACUGUGUGUGUCGGUGGGUGUUGGUGUUAUUGUGUGCACACUGUGCUAAUGUGUGCUUAUUUAUAGAACAUGAAUGCGUGCCCCAGCUGUGUGCUGAUGUCCCCUGCUCUCUCUCUCUCUCCUCCCCACAUCACCCAGAUGGGCAGCUGGAAGAAUGCCACCGUGCUGUUCCUGCACUCCAACAAGCUGGAGUCUCUACCUGAGGAGAUGGGAGACAUGACCAAGCUCAAGGUCAUCAAUCUCAGCGACAACAAGUGAGUCUCCGCUUUUCUCUCGUCCUAGUUUCAGCUCCGUUGCAGUACAGUCUGUGGUCCAGUCAGAUUAUUGAUGCAAUCUGAAGAGCAGCCAGACAGGCAGGAGACCAGAUUUGAUGGUGCCUCUUUUAUUUACAAAGUUUGGCUGUCUUCAUCACACAGUCUUAUGGUUAGUUUAGCGCAACUCAUCCGUCUUACCCCCAUGUACUCCUGUUUUGCCCCGUCUCACCCCCCUGUAAUGUUUUUUGCCCCCGUCUCACCCCCCUGAACUCCUGUUUUGCCCCGUCUCACCCCCCUUUACUCCUGUUUUGCCCCGUCUCACCCCCAUCUCCACCCUGCUACACCCCUUAUCCCAGUUAAUACAGGGGAACAUGAAUCACAUAACACAGGGUAACAAAUGUGUAGAGACAUUGUUGAAAAUAUGGCUACAUUGGCAUAUACUGUAGGUUGCAAGUUAAUCUGUAAUACUAUCAGCGUAAGGUAACAGAUUUGUCAGAGUUGAAUGAAGAGUCACAUACACGGCAGGAGAGGCUAUUCUCUCUCUCUCUCUGCAAGAGGCUUCACACAUUUGUGCACACACUAUUUACUAUAGCAAAAAUGUAGAUGUUUAUGAAUAAAACAAGUGGUUGAACAUCUACUGUAUAUGUGGUACACUGGCAAAGCCAAAGCUUGACAACAUCACAUAGUGUUUCCCCUAUAUUAAUUUAGCAGUGGCGGGAUGCCCCCAGGGCCUAAAAUGAAUACCCGCCACCAGCCAAAUGCAGGUAGAUUUUGGCAUUGGCGGGUAAGAUGUCUAUUUCACCAGCCACGUUGGCGUGUGGUCAGGGCUCCACAGUGCGAGCAUUUCAACCUGCGUGUCCUGAUUGCGUCUUGUGUGGAUGGACAAAAUCAACACACGCGUGCCCGGUCUAGUCAGCAUGUCAGUCUGACAGGCACAAACGUUAGUCAUGUUACCACGGUAACCUCCCACCCUUAAAGGGGCAGGUGACAUUUUUUGUCUCAUCUUUCAUAUUUUGGUUAAAAGACUCACUUCACAAAAAAUGAAAUUAAACAAUAUACCACAUUACUUCUUCAUUGUUUUAGAAACAUAAAAAAGCAUGCUCAUCUGUAAUAUUUGCAAAAAAAUAAUAAUUUGGGCUGGUGGACCAAAAAGUACAUUUUAUGCCCUGGACGUCGCUGCUAAAUUGUUACCGCCACACUGAUAUAAAGUAUGUAUAAAAGAUAAUGGAGUAAUAUACACUGCUCAAAAAAAUAAAGGGAACACUAAAAUAACACAUCCUAGAUCUGAAUGAAUGAAAUAAUCUUAUUAAAUACUUUUUUCUUUACAUAGUUGAAUGUGCUGACAACAAAAUUACACAAAAAUUAUCAAUGGAAAUCAGAUGUAUCAACCCAUGGAGGUCUGGAUUUGGAGUCACCCUCAAAAUUAAAGUGGAAAACCACACUACAGGCUGAUCCAACUUUGAUGUAAUGUCCUUAAAACAAGUCAAAAUGAGGCUCAGUAGUGUGUGUGGCCUCCACGUGCCUGUAUGACCUCCCUACAACGCCUGGGCAUGCUCCUGAUGAGGUGGCGGAUGGUCUCCUGAGGGAUCUCCUCCCAGACCUGGACUAAAGCAUCCGCCAACUCCUGGACAGUCUGUGGUGCAACGUGGCGUUGGUGGAUGGAGCGAGACAUGAUGUCCCAGAUGUGCUCAAUUGGAUUCAGGUCUGGGGAACGGGCGGGCCAGUCCAUAGCAUCAAUGCCUUCCUCUUGCAGGAACUGCUGACACACUCCAGCCACAUGAGGUCUAGCAUUGUCUUGCAUUAGGAGGAACCCAGGGCCAACCGCACCAGCAUAUGGUCUCACAAGGGGUCUGAGGAUCUCAUCUCGGUACCUAAUGGCAGUCAGGCUACCUCUGGCGAGCACAUGGAGGGCUGUGCGGCCCCCCAAAGAAAUGCCACCCCACACCAUGACUGACCCACGCCAAACCGGUCAUGCUGGAGGAUGUUGCAGGCAGCAGAACGUUCUCCACGGCGUCUCCAGACUCUGUCACGUCUGUCACAUGUGCUCAGUGUGAACCUGCUUUCAUCUGUGAAAAAAAAUAAAUAAAAAAAAAGAGCACAGGGCGCCAGUGGCGAAUUUGCCAAUCUUGGUGUUCUCUGGCAAAUGCCAAACGUCCUGCACGGUGUUGGGCUGUAAGCACAACCCCCACCUGUGGACAUCGGGCCCUCAUACCACGCUCAUGGAGUCUGUUUCUGACCGUUUUAGCAGACACAUGCACAUUUGUGGCCUGCUGGAGGUCAUUUUGCAGGGCUCUGGCAGUGCUCCUCCUGCUCCUCCUUGCACAAAGGCGGAGGUAGCAGUCCUGCUGCUGGGUUGUUGCCCUCCUACGGCCUCCUCCACGUCUCCUGAUGUACUGGCCUGUCUCCUGGUAGCACCUCCAUGCUCUGGACACUACGCUGACAGACACAGCAAACCUUCUUGCCACAGCUCGCAUUGAUGUGCCAUCCUGGAUGAGCUGCACUACCUGAGCCACUUGUGUGGGUUAUAGACUCCGUCUCAUGCUACCACUAGAGUGAAAGCACUGCCAGCAUUCAAAAGUGACGAAAACAUCAGCCAGGAAGCAUAGGAACUGAGAAGUGGUCUGUGGUCACCACCUGAAAACCAGUCCUUUAUUGGGGGUGUCUUGCUAAUUGCCUAUAAUUUCCACCUGUUGUCUAUUCCAUUUGCACAACAGCAUGUGAAAUGUAUUGUCAAUCAGUGUUGCUUCCUAAGUGGACAGUUUGAUUUCACAGAAGUGUGAUUGACUUGGAGUUACAUUGUGUUGUUUAAGUGUUCCCUUAAUUUUUUUGAGCAGUGUAUUUUUAUCAUUUAGAACUAACCACGACCAAAAUAAAAACUAGACCGUAAGGAAGAAUAAAACAUUCACUCAGAUAGAUAGCACAAGAUCACUGCAUAAGCCAUGGCAACAUUUUUAGAAUUGCAGGAAAUUUGCUUUAAAACUGCGCCACUGCUGCCGAAAACAAUUCCUAGGGGAAACACUGCUCAUCCAAUCUUUAAUCGACGAUGCAUUAUGGUAACUCUAUUUCUUGCUUAUUGCCAUAAACAUCAGUCAAGUCAAUAUGAUUAAUUAUUUCUGGUGUUCUCAGAGCGUUUCAUUGGAGCGCUCGAGCAGUCAACAGACUAGUUUAACACAGUAGUUAAAAUGGCAGCAGUUUCCCAGCUGCUCCCUUUGUUGUGAAAAGCCACGCUACCAUUGCCACAUGGUGCCUUGUAAAACAUGUCCAUCCAGCUUAUUGGAACCAGCGCUUGGAUCCCUCUGCUGCGUCCGCCACCAAAGUGGAUUAUAUAAGGCACUAAAAACACACUCGCACACAGACGGGCAAUAUUGUGUCAACAAUAGAGGAAAAUAAUGUCAGAAUCAGAAUGCAUUCCCCCACCUUGCACACGUACACACAUGCACACACUUACACACACACUCCCUGAGACCCUGAAAGUUAAUCAUUGGUGCAUAAUGAUACAGGAAUUAAAGCCUACAUUUGGACCAGGAAGAUUAAGUGGAUUGAUUUCAGACACUCACAAAAUGCCAAUUCCUUCCUGAUGGAGGAUAUUUCCAGGUGUUUUUCCAGGCAGGGCCCUAGACAGAGACACACUGGCCGGGGUCUCUCCACUCGCUACCAGCAGCACUAAAUAGAUUUUACCAUGACUCUGCAGUAACCCUGCAGCCUGCUCUAAUUUAGUUCCCAUCCUCCAGUUUUUAUAGAGAGGAAGAGACCUGUUUAUUACCCUGGGACCACUCGUUUUUCACUCUCCACUUUGGCCUUGGAGACACAACACCUGUUUCCUACCUGUUCAAAAUGUACUGUAGGCUUAUCUGAUUCUCUGUGCGCUUUAGAAAGUUAUCCUAUAGAUGUUAGACAUGGUAAUCAAAGAUUUGGGCCAUUCUUAAUAUCGGACAGCAGUAUCUCUCAAAUAAAGUGUGGUUAAAGUCAUUAUGGAGACAGAAACAUGGUCAUGUAUCAAAUUACACUCUAUUCAAGUCAAAAUCCUGGUAUCGUGACAACUAGUUGUGCCUCUAUACCCUUGUUCAAAUCCCAAACAAUCUACAAACUCUAUCUUUAGGUUUGAAACUAAACAAACGGGGCUCAGUAAGUUGAAAGCCAGACUGAGUUCCUAAACAAAACUAACAGGGCUCUAGACUGAGCCUCUUCACACUUACUAGACUUUUGGUAAAAGUACAGUUGUCUACACAUAUUACUCAAAUGUAAACUUGCGUACUUGCUACGCAUUACAUUUAUUUGUCAGUUGAGAUCUGUCCCAUAUCUUUCUCAGGUCGUUAAUGUGCUUCAUGACUUUUACUAUAACACUUUCUCUGUGUUUCUCUGUCCAGGUUGAGGAACCUUCCCUACAGCUUCACCAAGCUUACCCAGAUGACUGCUAUGUGGCUGUCUGAUAACCAGGUGUGUACACAGCCUCUUGGCUUUCACGUCCUCAAUGGGGCUUUCAGUGCUUCAUUCUGUUUUUCAUACAGGCUUAUUUCUUUACUGGUAGGGAAAUCUCUUCAGUGAGAGUGGUUACAUGCACACAAUAAUGUGAUUUACUGUGGCUAGUCAGAUUAAUAUAAUAGUUUGAUUAAAACGUUUACAUGCUUUGCAAGAAGAACAAUUUCCCUAAUAAUUCUGUUUACAUGGACACAUCUGAAACCAGGCUACCUGAUGGCACUCUGAAAAUGCAGAAAAUCACCAAGCAAAACAAACGUUCUACCACAGUGAACAUGUUAUUAUUGGGAAGGAUAUUUGAUUCUGAGUUCGAACAUAUAAAGUUUGUAUGUGAAAACAACUUCUAAGACACGGACAUUCAGUUUUUCCAAACACACUUCACUCGCGCUAAAGAGGGAGGCUCAGCUGGUGCUAGCACAUGCACAGAUCAAAUACACAGCUGGAACGCCGAUUAACGUGUUUACAUGUCCUAAUCAUUAGAAAGAAUGGUCAGAAAACCAGAUGUUUUAAUCGGCGAAUGCUUACUUCGAUUUUGACCUUAACGCCGAUUAAGAUAAGCAGAGUAAAGUGUUUACAUGACUAUAGCAUAAUCUGCCUACUGCCAUAAUCAGUUUAAUAUCGAAUUAUUAGUCUGCAUGUAAACGUACUCAUUGUUUGUAUGGAGCGUCAAGGUGCUUGUUGUUUUAUGACCCUCUUAUUUCAAUAGCCUCCCUCGAGUGUCAUCAGAAUGGUAUGAGUGGGAGGGAGAGCUGUAAUUGAGUAUCUGACACACACACACACACACACACACACACGAGUGGCCACUGAGCUGCUCUCAAACGUGUGGACGGCAGUGCACUUUCUUGUCUCUCCACUCCUCAAACGGUGUAAUGAAACAUUUGGCACCCCUACAGUAACUCCAGAUAGGUACCAUGCUACGGUAUAUUCAGUCUCUUGUGAUGAUUUUAUACCUAACAAUCAGCCAGUGCUGACAGAGAGACAUUGAUCGCUUCGCCCACUGUUAUCCUUACUGACCUCACACACACAAUGGUGGUCAUUGUGGAAAGCAGGGGCAUUGGGGUGUUUUUCGGGGGUUCGAGAGCGGCCAAGUGUAGUUGUGCAACCCGCAGCUCCCGACAGCCAGCCACAGACUAAUCCCAUUAGACAGAGUACAACCCAUCAAAACACAGCUUAAACCCAAUAAAACACUUCCAUGGUAUCUAAUUCCACACACCAUAUGGCACAGGGGGCCUUUCUCCAAAGCCCCAAACUAACAGCCACUGACCACUCGCUGUGCUGAGAGGAUUUGACCAGAGACCGGAGAGAGAGAGAGAGAGAGAGGCUCUCCUUAAAUCAAAGAGACAUGUUUUGAUUGAAUAUAGGUGGAUGGACACGUUAGUCCAGCAGUCCAAUUUUUCAGAACAACCCUUAAGAAGAGUUGAUGUUGUAAUUGCAGCCCUGGGCCCAUAUUCACAAAGCGUUGGAGUAGUAGGGGUGCUGAUCUAGGAUCAGUUGUGCCUUUCAGAUCAUAAUCAGUAAAACAGGAGGGACCUGAUCCUAGAUCGGCACACUUUGUGAUUACAGGCCCAGUUCUUCCCCAGUGGGUUUUAAUUAGGAGUGCGUGGUAAUGAUGUGAACGGGGGCUAGCUCCUGCCAGCUGGGCUCCUUAUUGAUUGUUAUUUACUGUGGUUUGAGUGCCCAACACAGACAGAAACACACACACUACAGAGUUUAAUAAUCAACCCGGAUGUCUCUGAUUGAGGUCAGCCAGGCGGAGGAAGGCCUGAAGGGAUUUCCUCCUUCCACACUAGCCCUCCUCCAGGGAAAUGGAGCUCUGAUCAUCUCCUAAUGCUACUGUCCAAAGCCCUUAGUGUACCUGGAAACCAAAUGAAAUGGAUGAUUUCCACCAGUGAAUAUGUAGACCUAUUGAUGAAAGAUUCCUAUGACUGUUCUCUCCCUUGCUUAUUUGAUAAACGAUUAUUUGUAGAGACAUUUUCAUGAGAGUUUUCUGAAGCCAUAGGGAUAUAUGUAUUAUUAUACCACUUAUGUUCUCUCUCCCCUCCCCCACAGUCGAAGCCCCUCAUCCCUCUGCAGAAGGAGGAGGAUCCAGAGACCCACAAGACGGUUCUCACCAACUACAUGUUCCCCCAGCAGACCAGGACAGAGGACUGUGAGUACUAGACAAUCUGGAGUCUUAAACUAAUACAAAGGCCUACUAUCUAUGGGCUAGGUCCUGUUCAAACAUCUUUACAAUAUAUCUCUCCUUGUGGUAAUCACUGAUCUAUAUAGUAUGUGUUUAGAUACACAAAUGUCAUGUUUACCCUCCUAUUUCAUUAGUCUAUAUAUGGCAGAUCAGUGAUUAUUAAAAUAACUGGGCCACCAUCGAGAUCGGUCACAUCCUACUAAAUUCCAGGCUGACUGUGUUGUUUCAGUGCCAAACUUCCAGUGUAAUCGCUACCACAAUGAUCAUAUUUCAUUAUCUGCUUCUCAUUCUUUAUCUUCCUCCAAUCAUACAUUUGAUCAUGUGAUUCCGGCAACCAGGAAGUGAUUGUCUUGGAUGGUUAUCUCCUUUAUCUGAGAAGGAGGGGGUAGAAACAUGAUCCUUCUCUGCAUCUGUUACCUUGGGCACUAGAUUUACUGUUACAUCGGUUAGCAUGGCUGCUCUCUCUUCCUCUCUCUCUGACCUCCUGUUGGGAGAGGAUACUGCAGUUUACAGGUGCUAGCCCUUGGAGGGAAAAUAGUGAAUCUUUUAACAAUUCACUGCUUUUGCUUUCCAAUUUGUUUUUGUGGCACCCGCCAGAUCUAGCCAGCCCCUUAAUUGGAAUGUAUUUGCUUUGAACAUUUUGGGCCUGAAACAAGCUCUCAUUGUUUGCCGGGAACAGAGGCAAAUCUCCAAAAUUGAAACUAAAUGGAUUCAGGAGGGGGUGAGAUUAAAAAGUCUUAACCUGUUUCCUAGCAACACAACUUUUGUACUGCUCUGAAGUGGAAAACACAACCCAGGCUUAGAGAGAACUGGUCCGGAAAUCAUGACUGAGCUGAGCUGUCAAAAACAAACAGAAUUCUCACCUGUAUUUUCAAUACUCUAUUAACUUAACUCACACAACCAUGUUUGUAUAUCAAGUGGUAUUGAUACCACAAACAUACAUUUAAGGCCCCAUACCAUCUGUUGGGGGAAAAAACUGAGAAUAUUUUAAUUAUUGGUACAUAACUGUGGUAAGGUUUCAUAACAUUUUAUUCAAUUCUUUUAUUUUAUCUCUAGAUGUAUGUUUAACAAAUGUAAUUGGAAUGCUGCAUAAAGGUUUGCGCAGCUAGAAAGAUGACGUGUGGUAUGUGUCUCUCUUCCUCAGGCAUCCCUAACUCUGACAGUGAGAGCUUCAACCCCUCUUUGUGGGAGGAGCAGAGGAAGCAGCGGGCGCAGGUGGCCUUCGAGUGUGACGAAGACAAGGCUGAGAGGGAGACGCCUCCGCGGGUCAGUACUCAGCCCUCACAUACACACACACUUGCAGACAGCGAGACGCACAUGCUUACAUACAUAAAUGCACACACUCUGACACACACACUUACAAACACACACUUGUGUACACAGUAUACACACACGGCCAAGACAAGCGACCUCUUUCCUCGCUGUGUUAUAGAUUGUAGCUAGUGUAGAUGACAAAGUGUCAGAGGGUGACAUUAUGCAAAUGUCAGCUAAUGAAAGUAGAUGAAAAACGAGGUCCAGUUGGCGUGCGAUGAAAAUGAGGGUCAAAUAACCUUGCUCUGUACUCACAUUGCUUACGCACAUUGCACAGUCCUCAUUACUAAGUUGGCAAGGCUGUUGAAACACUAUGGCAAGGGUUACAAAUGGGCUUUCUGGUAUAAAAGCACGUUUUUUUCCAAUCUCCUGUUAGAAUGGAAAAUCUAGGUCUGUUGAGUCACCUUAUGUAUCAGAAGGCUUCAAGCUACAGCCACGUUACCCAUCACAAAAUGGCCUUUCCCUUUUCCCUUGUAUUAAAGAGGGAUGUGUGUGUCUGCAUGUUACUGCCUGUACGGUGUCUCUAGAGAAUGUCCAGUUGUCCAAUGUCUACUCUCUCACACUGAAAUGGAAACUGCCUGCAGCUCAUAGUGAGGAGGUUCUGAAUCAUUUAUUUUCAACCAAUUGUGGUGUCUCACACAGUCUCACACAGUCUCCCACAUGUCCCACUGGCACGAUAUAGCUGUCUGGCUGCAGUGUCUCUCCAGCAGACUGGUAGGGCGGGCCUGCCGGGAAGAGGCACACCGCCUCUCAAGCUGUCAGUCUGACUGAGGAGUGGUGGUGUCACCUCCAUUGGCAGCCGAGCCCAUCUGCUCCCUCUCCCCACCCCCUAGUCAAGGAACCCUCCUGGUUCACAGUUUUUUUGUUUGUUUCUCUCUCCCUUUCUCAUGUGUGCGUGUCUCUUUAGGAGGGCAACCUGAAGCGCUAUCCGACACCGUACCCAGACGAGCUGAAGAACAUGGUGAAGACGGCCCAGUCGGUCGCCCACAGGCUGAAGGAGGACGAGUCGGGUGACGAGUCGGGGAGGGAUACCAGAACUAAUGAGCGGAUCCAUGUGGGAGUGCAGGACGUGGGAGUCAAGGUUGCCCUCUGUCUGAGCCUAUUGUCUGUAAACACUGGCAGAUGUGCAAACUACACACACACACACACACACACACACACACACACACACACACACACACAGACAGACAACAAACAACUUGGAUACAGUAUAUUGUAUUGGAAGAUUACCUAAAAUAAAAUUAAGACUGCUCCACAUGGUGUAUGGUUUCACAAGUAUUUGCAUAUAAACAUAUUCUAUUGUAAAUACAAGGAAUCCCAAUGAGCCUAUUGUACAUUCAUUCACGGUUACGCUUUAUUACAGUUCUGUCCAAUAUUUACUUACCACCUAAUUAGAAUUUAGAUGGGUAACAAAUUACAUAACAACAACAACCUAAUAAUGACUCUGUAAUAGAAACAAGUCUGCUUUAUAUAACCUUCUGUUGGUUUGGGGUUUUGACCAGGUGAUUGAGGCUCCUUGCACCAAUGGCAAGCCAGUAGAGAUGGAGCCCAAAGCGCCUGUCUGUGUCCAGGACUCCACAGCACCCCUGGAGACCUCUGAAUCCUACACCACCCAGAAGACCUCACUCCGGACCUCGGACAAUACCAGGACCAUGAACCACGAGGACACCCUGGAGGUACGCUACUCUGAACUAUGCUUCACAUCACACCUCAUUGGCCAUACACAUUGUGACUCUUGCACAUUUAUUUUGUGGUUGUUUGUGUCAAGUCUUUUUCUCCGCAGGAUUCUGAGGAGCUUUCAUCUGAGGAGGAGAUGAAGAUGGCGGAGAUGAGACCUCCUCUCAUCGAGAUCUCCAUCAACCAGCCCAAAGUGGUGGCCCUUAGUAAAGACAAAAAAGGUACCGCGGCAGACACAUGGCUCCUUUUAGGAUUAACAACCGCUAGAAGUAGUACACGGAUAGAAAGAUGGUUCUAAACUCAAAUAAAAUGUUCCCAUAUGUAACAACUAUGUAACUACUGACACACGUUGAUUACAUCAUGCGUCCUCAGUGUACACAGCUUGGUAGUACACCCGGAAAUCAUCCAAAACCCUGUCAGAACUAUGAAUGUGUACACAGUGACUGAGUUCUCUUCUCUUGGUUGGACAGAUGACGGUAAAGACGCUGACUCGUUGCUGGACGAAACAGUGGCCAACAGCAAUCAGAACAACAGCAACUGUUCGUCCCCGUCACGCAUGUCGGACUCGGUGUCACUGACCACGGACAGCAGUCAGGAUAACUCCAUGUGCACCCCCGAGAGAGAGGCCAAGAUGCCCUUCCUACCCAAGAGCAGGUGGGUGCCGUCUAGUUCCUCUCAGGGUUUCUUGAGGAUGGAGGGUGUGAUUUACUUGCUAUUAGGGGUGUGAUUUCUUUGAAAAUAGAAGCUCUCAACAUCCUAAUAAAAGGAUCACUUGGGAGCAUAGAACAGUGAAGGUUUUUUCCCCUUUUGAAAUGUUGGCUCAACUCAGGAAAUAACUUUGGAUGUGCUCAUACUAGAUCUAAAUAAGAGCGUGGGAUUUCCUAGUCAUUGCGAGUGUACUCCGGGGUUCCUGCGCAGCUGCCAUGCUUAUACUCUGAAUGCCUCAACACUCCACAACAACAACAAACCAUUAUGUUGUGCUUUCUGUUCCAGGCAAGAGGAUGAAAACAUGAACCAGCAGAAAGAAAGCACCCCUCUCCUCCAGAACGGCAACGGCUCAGACACGUCCCUGCAGGCCCUCCUGAAGACCCAGCAGGGCUACGAGUCCAAGCCAGAGAAGAUGGUGGGGGACUACGACCUGUCCAUGGAGGAGAGGCUGGCCUUCAUUGAGAAGGGCAUCAACAACGGUAUGGGCGACGGCUUCACCAAGUGGGACCAGGUCAACAUGAAUGUGGCAAAGCUGCCACCGCAGCCAGACAACAUGGUGGUCCAACUGGACGACCGUCCGAAUGGCUCGAGCGCCAAGGAGACCUUUAACCACUUGCCUCCGCCGUAUAACAACGACAACUCUACGGCGCCCAUUACAGACCACUUGGAGAACGGCAACCAGCUGGGCGACCACUUUAACGGCCGCUCCAGCGAGGGACUGGCCGUGUCGCCCAUGAGGGUGGACUCUGCCACGUCGGUGGUGCAGACUUCUUCGGCGGGCGUGACGGCCAGCAGUGACAUGUCGCUGUCUCGCAGCACAGAGGAGUUGUCCCCAGAGAAACGAUGCCCCCCUCCUGUAGUGGCCAAGGCUCGGAGCAUCACCAACAUUGAGACGGGGGAGAUGAAGCUGUACUCCUUGGACACUGAGGUGGGCUCCUACAAGGGUGGCGUAGUGGGCAGGAUGGCCGGAGCCGUACCGGGGGCCCAGGGUCAAAGCAUUGUCCGCAGCAAGUCAGCCUCCCUGCUCAACGACCAGCCCUUCCAGGUCUACCCCGGCUCCUCAGCCUCUUCCUCCGACCUGCUCUCCAGCUCCUCCAAGCCUCCUGUCAGCACCAGCCGCUACCCAGUCCCCUCAGGCAUAGCCAUGGGCCCGCCGCCCCAAUACAACGUCCAGUACACCAGCAGCGCCUUGCCCAAAGAAGGCCUGUGGACCCAUAGGACCCCCGUCCCCCCCGACCAGGGCUACCUCCCUCCGCCCCAGCACUCUCUGGCCAACACCAACUACUCCAACCGCAACCAGGCCCCUCCAUACCCCCUCCAGGCCCAGCAGAAAGGCCCGCCUACAGGGCCCAAGCUGCCCGGUGACAUGUGGUCUAAGGAGAGACACCUGCCCCCCGGUGGUCAGCCAUGGAGCAACACCCUGCAGAGGCAGAGCAGCAGCUCCUCCACGGCCUCCAUGGGAGACCCCCGGCGCAUGCAGGUGCCCGAGGGCGACUACAUGACGUACAGGGACAUCCACACCCUGGGCCGGGGGCCACUGGCCAUAGCCCAGACCGUGCAGAGGCCUCUGUCGGCCCGCACCUACAGCAUCGACGGGCCCAGUGCCCCCAGGCCUCACAGUGCCAGGCCACAGCCCCACGAGCUGCCCGAGAGGACCAUGUCGGUCAGCGACUUCAACUACCAGCACGGCAGCCCCAGCAAGAGGCCCAACGCCAGGGUGAAGUCUGAGCACUCGCUGCUGGAUGGGCCAGGAGGACCGGGAGCAGGAGGAAGGGUACCGGUGGACUGGAGAGACCAGGUGAUGCGCCACAUCGAGGCCAAGAAGAUGGAAAAGGUAGAGUAUUUGAUGAAUAUUUAAUGAGCAAUAUAUUUGAUUGUACUUUUCAUUGAAUAUGAUUGAUAAUAAUCUUAAUGGCAUAUAUCCCACGAUAGAGGUCACAACUGUUUGAGUGGGAACGUGUUAAGAAGAUCACAUGGUUAUGGUGUUAACAGCCCAGGUUGUUAUUAGGUCCUUUUUCUUUGAUCAUGUGUUAGCUGAGAUGACCUCACACUGUCCAUUCAGAAACCUCAUGAACCACAUUAUAGUGGUGUUUCUGUUUCAUCCAUCUUCAUGACCUGUCCAGUUCCUUUACAUCAGUGCAGAUGUGAAAAUAGCCACUUCAGACUAUUGACCUCAGCUCUGGCUCCAGGGUGACCAUAACACGACGCCACCUGACUUGAGACUGGAGUCUGGAGGGUGUUCCUUAGUGGCUCUCCUUUGGGCCAUAGGUAGCACAGGUUGAUGGGAGCUACAGUCUCAAUGGCCACUUCAACAUCACAGUCACUGUGGGCACCUUUAGAACGCAGUAAUAUAAGUGGCUGCCCUGAUGUUAUCUAAGAAGAAUGGUUUAAUCAGUAGCUAGGUUUGUCUGUAGCCUAAUAAACUGCAUGGUUUCCUGAGUCGUAGUAGGAGGAUCACACACCAUAUCAUCGCGUGACACCAAGUUUAGCUCCAAUUUUGGGGGGGUAAAAACCUGUUUUCACUUUGUCAUUAUGGGGUGUUGUGUGUAGAUUGCUAAGGAAAUGUUUUUAUUUAAUCCAUUUUAGAAUAAGGCUGUAAUGUAACAAAGUGGAAAAAGUCAAGGGGUCUGAAUGCUUUAUUUAUAAAUUGUUUCCCUAAGCAUGUCUAUGUUGCAUCAGUAUGUUUGGAGUAACAAGCAAACAAGCUGCUACUAACUCAAUGUACAUAUGUUGUUGAAGCAUGUGGAAUAUUAACAUUAACAAUAUUAUUUACAUUCUUUUAUUAAUCAUUACUACUUGGUGAAAUACAUGUCCACUAAAGUGUGUGUCUGUGUGUGUUGGCUAUAUGUGUGUGUGUUGCCUGUAUGUGUAAUGUGGUGUGUUGCCCUCCUCUGCUCAGAACGCCCUGUCUCGGUCCUAUAAUUCCAAUUAUGCCCCGCUGAGCUGCUCCCACUACAGCAGCUCUCGGGACGUGCACCACGCAGGCAGCCAAGGCUCUCUGGUCUUUAGUGCUGCCGCAGACGGACGGCCCUACGGAGCCCAGGGCCUCUGUGUGAGUACUGGAGCUAGACUAGAGCUCAGCCUCCUAGCUCCUAGCCUCCUACUGCCCAGGCAGAUCUGAUUUCCAUCUCCUACCACUUUUCAGCUUGGGCCCCGUUCCAAUACUUUUGAAAGUCAUCUUGGUCUUCCACAUCUUUAAGUUCCGAAAAACAAUGCCCUCCUCAGUCAUCACUUCGUUGUGGAGCCUUUUUGUGAUGUUCUGUCCUUGAGGUUGUCACUGAUCUGUGCUUGAUGGUAUGAGAAAUGAAAACAAGGUUUCUCUGUCCACUCUGUUUGCGUCCAUCACUCCAACCCUCAGAUCUGGGAUGACCUCACAGAAGGAUUCAAGGAAAGAUGCAUUUUAGAACUAUUGGGACAGGGCCCUUGUACUGUAUAGCUCCUUAUUGUGACGCAACCUAACUUGUUUGAAAGGGGCAUCUUUUGUCUGUGCACAUUAAGGCCACUCCACCAUAAACUGUAGGCAAACUCACGGUUUCAAUCUCUAUCAGUGAUUCAAGUAGACUCCUAGCUGUGUAGAAAGGCAUCCUGCAAAGACCAAUUGAGACCUGGCAUAUCUAACAUAAUGUUUCUGUUGUAUACAUUGAACAUUUCUGUAGUCUCUCAAUUUACAGCAGACUAGUACCUUAUCCAAACAGUAGUAGAAGAGGGCUGAAUCGCCGUUGUAUUAUCCGUAUGAGUUUUUCUCUACAUUAACCUAUUUUCUGUCAGGCAGUAGCUGUGUGUCGUUAUAGGCCAUAUGAUGGGAUACAGUUGCCAGUGAGAUGUAUUAUCUAUGCAUAGUCACUUUACCCCUACCUAAAUGUACAAAUUACCUCGACUAACCUGUACCCACACACAUUGACUCGGUACCGGUAUCCCCUCUAUAUAGCCUCGUUAUUGUUAUUUUAUUGUUACUUUUUUCUUUCUUUUUUACUUUAGUUUAUUUCGUAAAUAUUUUCAUAAUUCUAUUUCUUGAACUGCAUUGUUGGUUAAGGGCUCAUAAGUAAGCAUUUCACGGUAAGGUCUACACCUGUUGUAUUCGGCGCAUGUGACAAAUUAAAUUUGUAGUGGAAUUUCAUUUAUCCAAUUAAAUCACUGAGUCUGAAGCCUUUGAUAAGCAGUAUAGGCUACAAGUCCCUCAUCUCUGCUCUGAAAUAACAUCACGUUGCAUAGUACAGAGUCAGAUGUGUAUAAUAAUAGUAGCAUGUUGCAUGGUACAAAAUGCCCCUUUUUUAAACCUGGCUUCCCUCCCAAUCUAUGAUUAACUUAUCCCAGUGCUUUAUCCCCCCCCCCCCCCCCCACCCCCCACCCCCACCCCCCAACACUCCAAUCAAAAUGUAGCGCGCCUCCCUCGCUAGUAAAAGACUGUGAUUAUUCCUCUGAAAAACGGAUUCUCCCCUUUAACGACACCUUGACUCAUCAUCAAUCAUCACGCUUAAUGCCUCCUCUUCACUCCCACUUUUGAUCACUUUAGAAUCACCUCAUAACCCUUUCACUUCUUUGUGUGGAGAUGAGCACUGAGUUUGUCCAAUGUAAGUAUGGGGGAUGUAGUUGAAAGAACAAGUAGUUGUUGUGUUAGAUUGAGUCUUAGUGUGGAAAAUGGCUGCAAACUCACUCAUUUGCACCUGGUGUUAGUGUGGUGUAUGUGUCUUAUAAAAUGAUGAAUCAUUCUUUCCUUUCCUAUGUAUUAUUUAUAUAGGACACUGCUUUUGGCUCUGUAGUCCCUAUGUAGGGAAAAAUCAUCCUCAUUGUUAAGAAUGUUAUCCUUUAGAUAUGAUUUUCAUAGGUGUUGGAAUUACUUAGACAUUUCAGAAUGAAUGGUUAACACAGCAUAUAACAAAAAAUCUUAGCCGAACAUGUAACAAACAUUAUUAGCCCCGAUCAGAUCAUGGUCAACUAAUUCUCCUAAGACAUGAAGAAUUACAUUACAUAUACAUUUUAGUCAUUUUGCAGACGCUCUUAUCCAGAGCGACUUAGUUAGUGCAUUCAUCUUAAAGAUAGCUAGGUGGGACAACCACAUAUCACAGGCAUAGAAAGUACAUUUUUCCUCAAUAACGUAGCUGUCAGUAGAGUCAGAGCUGGGGGGGGGGGGGGUCAAGUGCAAGUGCUGAUUAAGUGUAAUUUAUUUAUUUAUUUAUUUUUGAGGGGGCAAGGUGAGGAGGAGGAUUAUUUAAGAUACUGUUUGAAGAGGUAGGAUUUACCUCACCAUUACCAUUUAGGUGUCAGUGACUUGCCUAAAUACGUAGAGGUGUGUUUGUCACUGACAGAGAGCGGUCAGGACAUGGUCUUUGUUACUAAUCUGUCAUCGUUCCCUCUACAGGAUGAUGUGUUUGGUCCUCAAGGACAACAGGGCUACACCAUGGACACCCUCCGAAAAGUAAGUGCACACUAGAGCCAUAUGUAGAGGAUAGGAUACCCAUAAACCAAUCUCAAAUUGGUGUUUCAUUUCCUACUAUAUGAUAUUAGGAAUGCAGACCAUAAAGACCAGGGAAUAGUUAUAGGCCUACACCAGGGUUGCCCAACCCUGUUCCUGGAGAGCUGCCCAACCCUGUUCCUGGAGAGCUACCCUCCUGUAGGUUUUCGCUCCAACCCCAGGUGUUACUAACCUGAUUCAUCUUAUCAACCUGCUAAUUAUUAGAAUCAGGUGUGCUAAAUUAGGGUUGGAGAAAAAACCUACAGGAUGGUAGCUCUCCAGGAACAGGGUUGGGCAGUCCUGGCCUACACGAUAUUGAAGAGUUUGUUAACAGAACGGUUUUUGACAGUGUAUUCUUCAAGUGAAAUAAUUCUACAAAUCCAUCAUACAGCCCCACCAUAAAGUGCCUGCCUGUCUGUCCCAUUUCAGCACAUGUAUUCCUGACCCAUAUCUUUAUCCCUCCACUGUAAGUAGAGCGUGGGCUAGCCCAGUCCAAGCAGCCUGAGUAGAGAGCUGGCUGGCUGAGGAUUUAGAUAUUGACCCAACAACAGCAGGAGUAGCGUAGCAGCACCAUCCUCCUCCCCACCAGUGAUUAAUGAGUUCUAAUUAACGAGAUCUGCCUUGAAAGAGAUUACCGUUCAGGCCUAUCUAUUCUCAUGGGGGAUCUCUGCCUCCACCAGGACCUGGUGUCUCACAGAGAGGGUUGGAGGAGCGUUGCUUAGUUAUACUGGAAUUAAGAACUAAACUGGGUGGAAUACAGUGGUGGAAGUUUAGAGCGCUCCUCAGCCCAGUGGACUCUUGACCUUCAUCACUAGGCUAGAUAUACGGUAUGGUGUAGUGUCCAUGGACGUUUCGAGGAAUUUGGAUUUAUAAAGCAAGUAUGUAGGCAGAAUAAGUUACUAAAAGUAAGAGUAUUCUACCGUAUGUACAGUGUUUCUAUAUGAAAACUUCUCAGUCAAGGACUGAAUGUGAAGACCCUCAUUGGAAAUAUUUGAUACCCAGAAAUCUCCCGCUUUCCAUGACCUGUGAAAUAAUUAUUUGAACAGAGGCACAUUUUUCGCAAUUCUAUUUACACUGAGAUAGAAUUCAAUUUAUAGUCAGAGAGAGUUCCAUUUACACUGAGAUAGAAUUCAAUCUGUGAUUAAUGUAGAGGGGGUGAAAGGCUGUGGCUACGAAUACGGAGUUUAUGUCCAUGCCCACCUCCCACGGGCCCAUAGAGAAACCUCUUUCUCAAAGCUAAGGAUCCGGAUCACGUUCUGUGCAUGUGUUAUUUUACGCACACAUUCGUUAUGUAGCAUAUAUAUGUCUGCCUCAUAUUUCUUAAGAGCUGAAAUAAAAACCCUGUGGCGAUUUGACCAAACAAUCCAAAACAUAUACAGUAUAUUAUGAAGGCUACAACCUUCUCUGUCUGUUGUAACGGAUAUUGCGGUCCCUACACUUUGGAACAAAAACAAUCAGUGUUUUGUGUUAUGAUGUAUGCUCUCGUGUGGCUCAGUUGGUAGAGCAUGGCGUGGGUUCGUUUCCCAGUACGUAAAUGUAUGCACUCACUACUGUAAAUUGCUCUGGAUAACACCGUCUGCUAAAUUACUAGAAUGUAAGUUAAUCUUUAUAGUUUCUUUCUGCCAUAUCGUAGUUACUGAAAAAAUAACUACUUGCCUGUCUGCCUCCUGCGCAAUUGAAUGAAUUGAACACAGCCAAUGUUCAAUUAAUUCAAUCGCUAAUUAGACUGCUUGUUUGUGUCUUGCUGCAUUCCACAUCUGGCAGCAGAACGUUCUAGGCAGCCGGGCGGGUAUCCUGACCGGUAAAAAGAGUCUGACAAUGGGCGAGUUAGUUUUGCAUCGCCCGGUGCCAUAGUUAUGCCAUAUAUGCUGCUAUAUCGUGGCGAGAGUAAAUAGCUGCAUGUAACUCAGCAGCUAAGAAUAACAUGAAAUCGCUGUACUACCUGUUUGUGUCGUUCUUAUGUUUGCAAUACUGACAACAAAGUUUAUACGAACAUGUUGAUCAUGUAUUUUGUGUAAAACAUGUAAAUAGCUAUAGCCUACUCCCCUCCUGGAAAAAGAACAUGAAAUAGCACUUAUGCUUACUGAAGCAUGGAAUGCAAUAGUUCGAACAGUUUUGUGUACAACAUGAAUUUUGUAGGCUACACCAGACAAAGGCGAUAAAUUAGGGGGUAGCUGCAGCCGAACACAAAAAUCCUGCACUAGCGCAGAAAUAUACGUAUUUUUAGCCUGGCCAAAUUGGGAUACAGAACUCCUUAUCCGUAGCCACUCCGGGGGGGAAGCAGUUCCUCCUGCCCCCUGCAGGUUGUCCGGUUGUACUGCUACUGUCUCUUUUCAGUAACCGGCUCAGACAGAGCUGCAGAAUGAGGUCAGUCUUCUGUCUGGGAGAUUUUUAAAUGGUCUGUUUCAAGAGGUGUCAUACAGAGAACCACAGCCUGGCUCAUAGAGAGCCCUUUUAUUACGCAGACUUCAAGUCCUUAUCAGACGUUAAAUAAGCUAUUUUAUGUAAAUGUCUCCUUUGAAUGCACUGACUCAAUGGUCUCUUUGUUUUAGUUCAAUCUACUCUGUUCUUUAUAGACUUACUGUCUAUCUGCCUGGAUGUACAUUUGGAGGAAAAAAAUGUAUGGGAUCUCACGUAGGUAGACUCAUGUGGAUAGAAAACUGUCUAAUAGGUAUUUGAACUGGGGUUAUAGAUAGAGAAUUAAUUAACUAAUGUUGUCAUUUAGACAUGUUCCAGUUCCAAGUUCUGGCUAAAUGUGGGGAAUUUGUCGACAUUUUGUGAUUCUACCUCAAGGUUUACCAGGAUGAAAUGGACUCUGUCAUGGUCCUUCACACCUGGCAUUAAGAAUUACUCUUGAAUAACACUGCUUAUAUAGUGCACUUACUUUGACCAGAGCCCUAGUCUAUCCUAGCCUAUUCCAUAGUAUGUAGGGAAUAGGGUGUAAUUUCAGAUUUUACUCCCAUCGUGGAGAAAGCCCAAACCACUGCCGGCCCAGCGUCCCCACCCCCCUACCCUCCCUCCAUUAAUGGAUCCUGCCAAUAACCCCAGUACCACCACCAUCUAAUAAAACUGAAUGAAAUGUUCUCUACACUUCAUCCUCCACACUAGUCGGAGCCAAAUGAAUUCCAUGGCUUUGAGGGCGGUGGAAAGCCUGCUGCUGGACACAGCCAGUGUCACUAAGACCGAGCACCUCACUGGUGGUAAAUCAGCAGCUUCUGCUGAAAUCACACAUUACUCUGUUACAUCAUGUUAUUCUGUAUGCCAGGCCUGAAGUUUAACUUAUCAAUUGGCCAAAUUGGACCUGUGAGGGCUUUUCUCUUGUUGGAUUAUAUCCUAUUAUUUGUUUUCUUUAGUUUUAGAGGGUUAUGGUAACCAAGGUGGUGGGAAAGUAGGGAUUGUAGUACUGUAUAAACCUCCUGCAGUGUAUUCCCAAACCAUGCUGAAGCUGAAAGCUUAUUAAUGGAUGAGUAUUUUAGAUAUGCACUGACAAUCAAUUUUGUUGUUUGAAUGUCAACUCUAUAACAAUGUCUGUCUCUUUGUUUCUGGGUGUCUGUCUGUUUGUUUUUGUUUAUGUCUGUCUGUGUGUUGCCCAGGUGCCUUUGAUGAAUGGUCAGAUGGGCGGUCCGAUGCGAGGCCAGGUGACGUCGUGCCAGGCACCCAUGGCCCGCCACCCCUCCAGAGAGCAGCUCAUCGACUACCUGAUGCUUAAGGUCUCGCAUGGCCAGCCGUCCCAGGGACCCCCUCCACCACGGGCUGCCCACGACACACUGCAGCAGGAGGUAGGAUGGCGGGAUGGAUGGAGAGACGGAAGAGUUACAGUAAAACAAUGCUCCCCCAUCCCUAGCCCUGGAGAGUUAUAGGGUGUCAGCCUACAACUAAAAACCUCAUUCAUCAUCAAAAUGUUGAUUAACUAGAGUCUAUUGACGCACCGGUCCGUCAAUCUAAGUAACAUAGUAAAAAAAAUCCCCAUCAAAGUCUGUCAGUUUCAGCUAGAGAUAUGUUUUUUUUUUUGUAUUGGCUGCAUCUCAAUCCACCACAUCCGCCUAUGGCGGCCUUCCGCAUCUGCAGCAGUGUUUGUCGGUCUUCUCACGAAAUUUGGUCUUCAAACUAUUAUGACCACUCUAUGGAAAGAUGAGACUCUCGCGAACACGAUGGUGGUCCAUUUUGCUCUUCGACCCCCACAAGUGUCACAGUCUCGUCUGAAGGUAACCGGUACCUGUUAAAAACGCAAUGGAAGUAUGGAGGUACAGUAGUUUUGGGCCUACCCAAAAAAAGGGGUUAAAUAUGUGUAUUUUUUUUUUUUUAAACUUUAUAUUUCCUGAGCUUUCUUAAAUCUCCUAGAUAUAGGACAGACACUUCAAAACUUUAUUCCGUAUGAUACAUUUUUUCACUGUCUUUUUUGCCAUUGAUGAAUGUGUUAUUCAAUGCUUUUCUAUGGGAUUUGGUAGUGAAGGCCAAAUUCAAUAUUUUAGCACAAAAAAAAUAAAUACGUAAAGGGGUCCUACAAUUCUAAAUCAAAUAGCUAAAUUACCAUCUUAAAACAAUUCUAUGUCAGCUUAUAACCCCCCACCACCCCUGAACUACCUGGAUAGAAUGAAUCCUCCAGAGUCUUAUCCAAUAUCUUUCUCUGUGAUGUGUGUGACUCAUUCAAAUGUACAGUUUACAUUAAAGUCCCCGUCAGGUGAGUAAUGUGUGUGUGUCUAUUUCAGAUCCGUGUGAAAGUGGAGAAGAACCCUGAGUUAGGGUUCAGUAUAUCAGGAGGAGUGGGAGGACGGGGAAACCCCUUUCGUCCGGACGAUAAUGUAUUUACACUCAUCAGCCCUCUUUUUCCCAUAACAAUGUAGUGCUGUCUAUUUUUGCAGCCUAGUGCAUGUGAAAUUGAUUGUAAGCACUUACACAGUUGAGGCCUCUAAGUUUAACAUAGCAUUUUUAUUCAAAUAUGAUCCAUGAGUGUUAUCAGUCAGAAUAGAAUUGUUAACUGUGCUAGCAAUUUAGCUUGUUGAUGCAUUUUUACUGAUUUUGGAACAGUAUCAAUCAAUAAAAUGGUGCAAUGAGUGUUGUUGACCAGAUGGGUGUGGUGCUCUCUCUUCUCUCUCAGGGCAUCUUCGUGACGAGGGUCCAGCCUGAGGGACCUGUCUCAAAGAUCCUCCAGCCUGGAGACAAGAUCCUCCAGGUAAACUCAAUACCAUUACCUCUAUAUCCCAUCUAGCAUAAAGCUAUACAGUAAAGGUUAUUUGCUGAACACAUGUUUACCUACUAUGAACACAUUACAAACAUCUGUAGUGCAGAGCCGGGUCUAACGGUAACACCCUCUGUGACUCCAACUCUAUGCACGUAUGUGUAGCCCCAACAGUGUCUAGGGUUCAAUCCCCAUCUCCACCUUUCUAAGUUGUUUCUCCCACUUGUCUUCCCCUCAGAUUUCAGUACUGUCUCAAUAAAGUGUUAAAAUAGCGAUAAUAAUAAUAAACAUAAAAUAAAACAUAAAAGCCAAAGUUGCUAUCUUGGUGUUUAGCUAAAUAUCCACAAAUCCCUAAUUCAAUCAAUGAAAUGUAUUUAUAAAGCCCUUACUCCUUCUUUUCCACACAGGCGAACGGAUACAGCUUUGUGAACAUUGACCACGGGAACGCUGUAGCCCUGCUGAAGACGUUUCCCACCACUGUGGAUAUGAUCAUCGUCCGAGAGGUGACAGCGUAGAGAGAGACAGACAGGACUGUGACCUCCGAUCCAGACGAAACCACACGAGAACUGAAUGUCCACUUCCUUCUUAUUUUUAUACACAGAGGAGCCUGGUAAAACUGCUUUAUGGUGAAGAGAACCUUUAAGAGCUUUUGGGAUAACAGGGGCCGAACCACUGCAUCAAGUGGACUGGGGGGAUGUUGUCUUAAAGAAGCCGUCACUGUGGGAUAGCCCGGUAAUUUUUUACUCAGAGUACGCAGCAGAGACGGUGUGUGCUCCAAUGACACAGAGAUUUAGUAAAGACUGCUUUCUGUAAAGACUUUUGUUUUUCAAAGAAAAUAAUUCACCUUCAUCAUUGCAGAGUUUCUAGUUGCUGUAGUUGAGCAUUAACUGUAGUUGACCACUAGAGGACAGGGCUACCUCUCUCUCUUUCUCUCUCUCUGCUUACAUCUGAUUUGCCUUUAUUUUUAAGUAAUGUUUCUUUUGUUUUAAGAAGAUGCUGAAACCACUUAUUUGAUCUAGCUGAGAUGUGAUAUGGGGGACAAUGUUAUUUGCUUUCUUGUGGAGACGAAUGUAGUACUGGAUUGCGCUUUCGGGCAGAGUUUAUUUUCUUGAAUUUCCCCCCUGCCUACUUACAAUUGUGACAGUUUUUGGAACGGGUGCUGUACAUGGUGGAUAUUUCAGAAGAACAAUUUAUUUGCCUCUGCCUCUAUAAAACCUGUGAGCCAUACUGCAUACAUCCAGUAUCUAUACUGUCCUCAUUUUAGCAUAGGAGCAGUUUCAGUAGCCUCCAUGGCACCACUGGCUUGGAAUAUCCCUCACUUGAAUAGACCACUGCCUGUGCGGUCACUCACCUCUCAACUCCUGAACAAAUCCUUUCGUACGGACGUGGACACUCACUCAUCACUGAAUCAACCGCCCCGGGUGCCGACUACUUACUACUUGGAUGCUGUAAAACGCUCUUUGUAUGUGAAAUGGAAUUGGGACUGGGAUAUGGAACGGAUCAUGAGAGAGGAAUGCCUUUGCUUGGCCUUAAUUAGCCUAGCCAGGAUGUGAUGUGAGAGUGGGUCAGGAGGCGGAGUGGUAAAGUUAGGUAAGCUAAGCAUGUGUGCAGACCAUGGCCAGGGGUGUAUUCAUUACGCUGAUUUUGUUGCAAAACAUUUCUUAAACGGAACAAAACGGGGAGGGACCUAGCUGAAAGUGUCCAAUGGAAACUGUUGUUUUUAAUUGCAAAAAGUUCAGUUUUGCAACUGUUUGGACUAAUGAUUACACCCCAUGUGUUGGAGGUGCUGGUGGGAGUGACACCCUAUUCCCCAUAGAGCACGCUACAUACUAGUGGGGAACUGUAUACAAAGGAUAUAGGGUGUCAUCUCAGAUGCAGCCUGUGUCAGACUGAGCAGGUAUAGGUCUCUGGGCCCCUUUCACUCAUCUUGGUAAGAUUCUAAAGGGCUUCUCCCUGAAGGCAGCCAUUGGUGACUAGAAAACACUGACACACACGCUUUCAGAUUGAAAAGGGGUUUCUGUCUAACAAUUUUUUUAAGUGGCGGAAAACAACCACAUUUUGCCUUUGUAUAAAAUAACAUCUUUUUAGACAUGCUUUUCAAUCUCUUUUUGUGUUUCAUACAUGGACUCUUUGCUCUACGCUGGAUCAAAUGAACUGGGGGGGAGCUGUCAAGUGCCAUAGACCUUGAACUGUUAGAACAAGGGGAGGGAGGGAGUGACUACCCUGAGCAUCAAGCAAUAUUCACAACAAACUAAACGCUCUCCUCUUGAGUAAACGCCGCAUGACUUGUCAUAAUGGUUUAAUAGCAAUAGUCUGAAGAUUUGUUUUCAUUCAGAAAGACAUCCGAUUGCAUUUUUUAUAACCUAUAAUAAAAAAUAAAACAACAAACCCUUUUAGUAAUCGCUGAUUAUUACACAGGAUUUAUUUUGUGAAUAAUUUUUUCGUUAAAAACAUCUUUUUAGCAAAGAAACAAACAUUUUAGUCUGCAUUGUAUAAUAGUGAAUGAUCUUGUGGCACUCUGCCCUUACAAAUGAGUUUCAGGUUUUCCCAAGCUUGUUACGUGUAUAUGUUAUGCAAACAUGAUUAACUUUUACACCAGUGUAAAAGGAACUCAGAGCUGCAAAGGCAAAAAAAACCUGUCAUUUGUAAUGUUUAAUUGAAUCGUGUCAAAUUAUAAAAAUGCUUUUAAAAGCUACUAUGCUAUGUCCAAAAGUGUAUAGAUGUAUGUGUUUGCAUGAAAUCACCCAAUGAAUUGUCUAUUUUGUGAUUUAAUCCAUGAAAAGGUGGAUGUAUUUCCUACAGAAACAAAAAUUAUCCAAUUCAAAGAGAUCUACAAGUUAUGGCCCAAAUGAAAAUAGUUUAUAAAUUCAUUGUAAUGCAAACACUGAAUUGUGACUGAGCAUAUAUAAAGUUUUUAAAAAAAAUUCCACACAGUUAAUGAAGUUGUCAUUUAUGUCAUCCCAAUACUUAACAAAUGUAUAAAUGUAUAGUCCUGUAUGGCUCAGUUGGCAGAGCUUGGUGCUUGCACCGCAAGGGUUGUGGGUUCGAUUCCCGGGACCACCCAUAUGUAAACUGUAUGCAUGCAUGACUGUAAGUCGCUUUGAAUAAAAGUGUCUGCUAAAUGGCAUAUAUUGUAUAUUACAAAUGUAAAAUGGUAUGUAAUCUACUGUACCUGUAUGUAAUUCAAUAUUACUUCAUGCAUACAGCUAAAGAUUAUGCUCACGGUACUGUCAACUUGUGACUCGAAUGGAAAACACUGUUUCAAUGAUGUUUGCUCUCCUCUUUUCCAUUUUGAAUUCCAAGUGAACAUUGCUUCCAACUGAAACUGUCCUAGUUUUUUAAAUCAACUGCAGCCCCAGUGGCACGCUCAUAAUAACUGCAGAUAUUUUUGUCAUUGGUCAAUGUUAGCCUAAAGCAGUAACAUAUUGACUUUUUAAGACUUCUCAAGAUUACUGUUAGUACAUCAUGUUUUAAGAAACAUUGUAAUUGUUUUUUGUGCUGUUUUGUUGUGGGCACUGUUCUUUUACUUUUUUAUCUGGGAAUAAGAACAAUCUGAUGAUUGUUAAGGUCAUAUUUUUUAAAAUAUUCAUGGCAAAAAAAAUAAGGAAAAUAACUGUCCAGUAGACGGUGUAGACAAUCUGGGACUAAAACCUAGGGGCUCACCUGUUUUCCAUAUCCAAGAACAACUGGUCUCUUCACGUUCCCACCUUGUUUUUAUUUAUUUAGCACAUUUUCCAGUUACCUUUUAGACAUUACUAAUCAAAAUGUAAAUACUUUUAAAAAGUUAAGAAAUUAAUUAAUCAUGGCAUUAGUCACUCUGAGUUUGUAAAACCAGCAAUAAAUUGCAAUGCAGACGCAACCCGUUUUAAUGUGUAGCUAUUUCAAAGGUUUCUCUGGAAACGGCUACAGUAAGAUGAUUGAUAUGCAUUUAUUCAACAUUCCAGAUUUUGUAUAUAAUUAUACUGUUUCUGAGGUAACCUGUGGAAAAUAAGAAAUAAACUAAUGCUCUUUAAAAUGUUUCCUUCAUUGAAUGACACGCAACAUGAUUUCCCAAAGGCUUUGAAUAAAGCAACACCCCUUGCCAGAGCAUGUGUAGAUAUUAACAGUAACAUGUUGAGGGGAGGACAGCUCAUAAUAAUGGUGUGAAUGGAAUGAUAUUAAACACAUGGAAAAGGUGUUUGAUGUGUUCAAUACCAUUCCAGUUAUUCCAUUCCAGCCAUUACUAUGAGCCCGUCCUCCCCAAUUAAGGUGCCACCGGCCGCCUGUGAUGUUGAAGAUACAGUUGCAAGAAGUGUAUCUUAAUACAGCCAUGUAUUAGGAUUUGGAAAAUAAAAUGAACAUAAGGAGAGCCCUUGAACUGCGUAACAGCUGUGAUGCUCCCACGGCACCAAAUUUAAAGGACUUGGCAUAUAGUAAUCUUUCCCUGUGUUAUGUUACACCUUGGCUAUAUUCAAAGAAUGUCCACUGUAGGCAAGUGUUCAGUUUCCAUGUAUUGGUUCACCAAGUCCAGUCUCUAUAAGAAGGGGGUAUUGAGGAGCCCAGAUUAGACUACAUUAGUUCUAAAGAGGUGUCGUUUCAAAAUGAGGGGUGCUGCAGCUCUGCUGGUGUUGCUAUUCUGUCUGUUUGGGGCAUGGGCUCAGGGAGAGAGAGGGGAUUGAAAUUGAUAUCAGGAGCCCAAGCACUGAAGCUGUAGAGACGACCCACGCACAGGCAGCCAACCAGACGGCCACCAACUCUGAGAUCUGGGCUGAGCUGAGAGACAUGGUGGUGGAACAGAGAGUGGGGCUGAGGUAUAUGAAGGAAGACGAUGAACUGAGGAGAGACAAUGAAGGUGCAUGUGAAUAUCACAUACUGCAUAUCGUCUAUUCACAUUAGACAUUAAUACCAUACUCCACUGGUCUGGUUCCUCAAGGUAGCCUAAAGAGUUAUAGCUUCAUUCGUCAUAAUAAGGAUAUACACGUUUAACGUUUGUAGGAUCUUGCAGGCGAGAAUGACCGCCAG